UUUGUCCUUCGGAGUUUAUACCUGGAUUUUAAGUCAAUUCCGGAAGCCUGCAACCACACACGCACCAACUUCUAUUUCGAAAAUAUCUAAGUUAUUAUGGGAGCUGCACUAAGUUGUGUUGCGCUACCAGCUUUAGGCACAGUGGGUGGCUGGAUAGCCAGUUGCUUUUCUGCUGCUGCAUGUAGUCUCGCAUUCAGAAGUUGCAACUGCAAUAACUCCAUUGCCACCAGAAUAGGCUACGCUAUUAUUUUCCUUAUGAAUUCUAUUCUUGCUUGGCUUAUGCUAUCGAACUGGGCAAUCAAACAACUACAACACUUGACGCUUGAUUACAUGAAAUUGGAAUGCUCUGAGGGAACAUGCUAUGGUAUCAUUGCGGUUCAUCGAGUUUGCUUUUCCCUUGUACUGUUCCACGCGAUACUCGGCAUCUUAUUAAUAGGCGUGCACGAUAGCCGGCAGAAGAGAGCUGCCGUUCAGAAUGGAUGGUGGGGUCCGAAAAUAUUGGCCUGGAUAGCUCUUCUGGUACUGUCGUUCUUCAUCCCCAGUGGAUUCUUCAUGGUGUGGGGCAACUAUUUUGCAUUAAUUGGUGCUGCGAUUUUCAUUCUAUUUGGACUUGUUUUGCUGGUGGAUUUUGCUCACAGCUGGACGGAGAGAUGCAUGGAAAAUUACGAAAUGAAUGACAAUAACAAAUGGAAAUACAUUCUCAUUGGGGGGUCUCUGUUGAUGUAUGGUGGAGCAAUCACACUCACUGGACUGAUGUACGGUUUUUUCGCAACGAAUGGCUGUUCGCUGAAUCAAUUCUUCGUGACAUUGAAUUUGAUCUUGUGUAUCGUGGUGACGCUCAUGUGCGUGACGCCUCAAAUUCAGGAAGCCAAUUCACGCUCUGGCCUCUCCCAGGCAUCCAUCGUUGUCAUUUAUUGUACCUACCUCGUACUGUCGGCUGUUGCUAACGAACCCAACGAUAAGCAGUGUAAUCCUUUGAGACGAUCGCAUGGACCUCAGACGACAUCCAUUGUUCUUGGCGCUAUUUUUACAUUUUUAGCAGUUGCGUAUUCUACCAGCCGUGCUGCCACCCAAGACAGUGCCUUCAUCAACAAAGGCCGGCCCAACCUCAAUAAUUACGAGCCUCUGCAGACCGCAUCCGCUGUUCCGCUUAUGCCAAAUCAAGUGGAAGCCGGUGCUCAAAGAAUGGAUGCGACAGGCAGUGCGCGCGACCAUUUAGUUGCUGCCGUGGAGGCUGGUGCUUUGCCACGUUCUGUCUUAUACGAGGACCAUGACGAUGACGAUGAUGUAGACGAAAUGGACGAUGAACGAUAUGGCUCUGUGUACAGCUAUUCGUUCUUCCAUUUUGUGUUUGCUAUUGCUGCCAUGUAUGUCGCCAUGGUUUUGACUAACUGGAAUACAAUCACCAGAGAUGAUGUUUCGGCUCCUACGCAUGAAGACGGAGAUUUUGUUCGAAUCGGUCAAAGUUAUACUGCGGUUUGGGUCAAGAUUGUUUCUGGCUGGAUUUGCCAUCUUAUUUACGGAUGGUCGCUUCUGGCACCAGUUCUCAUGCCUGAUCGAUUUGAUAAUUAUUGAGCUAAAGUUUCGUCGUAAAUGCAUAGUUCAACUGCUGUAGGUUUUCUUAUUAUGUAAAUAUAUCACUGUAAUGCUCUCCUUUUUUUCCGCUUGCGAUAAAUGAAGUUCAUAGCCAAGUUAUUCGCUAUUGC